AGUCGGGAGCAAGUGGGAGCGGCGUCAGGACGCUAAUGGUCGUGAUCAGCGCGUGCUUUGGAGCCUAAUGACGGCAUGAUGGGCAAAGGUGGUCGGGCGCCGGGCACAAGCUCACUCGCGAAAAGUCCUUCGCAUUAGCCUUCGUCCGACACUAAGCGGUAGCGGUAGAGGCAGCGACGACGAGCGACGAAGGACGAUCGGUUGAGGAGUGGGGGCCGCUCGUGUGCGAGGAAGGACACGACGCGCAGAUCGGCAGCGCCUUGUGUUGGCCCCGCGGAUUUGAGAGUGGGGAUCGCUGCGAGAGGUCGUGAUCUUUUGAUUGACAUCAGCUUUCUGAGACGCUAGGGGUUGUGGCGAGAGCGAUGGAGACGAUUGCGGCGUUGGCCGCACCUUCUUCAGCUUUCGUGUCUGCUGUGGGAGCGUCGUCGUUAAUUGGAGGGAGAUCCGUGCAGCAAAGAGUUUCUUGCACCUUCGGUCGCGUGCUGGUUUCUGGAGGCAGACGACAUGCGCGCGGCCCCGUUCUCCGGAGGCGUCGCGAUCUGGGCGCCGAAGCGCUCUCGAAGUUUGGCCUGAAUGCUUCCGAACAGAGGAAGCCCCUCCGCGUUGCAGCGCAGUCUCAGGAUUCCGCUGGAAAUGAUGUUAAAGUGGAGGAGGUAGCGCAGGAGCUUGAGAAGCAAGCUGAGGAAUCCAAAGCAGCUUACAAUGACGCUGUAGAUGCUCUUAAGGAGGAAACUCUCAAGGUACAAGACUCGGCGAAAACAGCUUUUGAUCCUGCCGCAGAGAAAGCAAUCGAAGUGUUGAGGGAUACAACGGAAAAGUUGAAAGAAGAAGCUGAGAAGGCAAGGGCACUUUUAACCGCGACAGCGUUGGAAACAGCUGAACUGGGGAAGUCGAACCUGAAUCUUCUAGCUGAAAACGCUCCUGACGGCCCAAUCAAGGAGGUUGCAGAAUCAGCUGUGAAUGCUCAUCUUUCGGAGAAAACAAAGCAAGGAGCCAAAAUUCACGACUUCUGUCUUGGUAUUCCUUACGGUGGUAUGUUAGUUGCUGGAGGCCUCCUCUGGUUUAUUCUCACGGGAAGCACUGCAGCUAUCCGAUUUGGAGUGAUCCUUGGAGGAGUCCUUUUGGCUCUCAGUGUAUCGAGUUUGAAAGUGUGGAAGCAGGGAAAGUCUUCCAUCCCUUAUAUUCAGGGUCAAGCAGCUAUCGCGGCAAUUAUCUUCAUUAAAGACUCCCGAAAAUUUCUCGCGACUGGAGGCUUCUUUCCACCAGCAGUAUCGGCAUUGGCCAGUGGCGCAAUGUUGGCUUUCUAUGCGUACGUCUACCUGGCUGGAGGAAACCCACCGAAGAAGGACAAAUCAGUCAACCCUGCCCCCGCAUCAUGAAAGGAGAGCAUCUUAGAUCGUGUCGAUAUUUCCAAAACGAAUGGAGUUAUCCUCGGAAUGCAGGAACGUGAAGCCAUAGAAGGUCUGGUUCCCGAAAAUAUAUAGUUGGCCCCUUCAAAGUAAAUAAUAAUAUGCUCGUAUGAAUCUCGAGUAGGUCAAAGUGGAAACUUGAGGAGAGCAUGCAUAGCAUUAGGAGCAGGUAGAGUGUACUACAUCGAUGCCUUACAAUGCAGUUAAGGUAAGAACGAAGGUGGACUGUAAAGCAAGUUUUGGUAGAUUGGUAUUGAGCUGCUAGAGAAGUGUCAAUUUUAUCAAUUAGAAAAUGGUAUAGUGGGAACUAUUUGUGUUUCUUCCUGCACAGAUUUUUAUUCAUCCAUCCUCAUUACUAAAUGUGGAUACCCGUUCAGCUGGUUAUGUUGGAGCCAGACAGGAAUUUCUCAUUUUUUUACUGGAGGUUUCUCAAUUUUCGGGGCUCGUUUACAAGUAUAAUAUUCAUCCAAGGGAUGCCAAUUUCUACAUAGAGGUCGACCGUUGUAAAAACACAAUGAGUUGUCUGCCCUUGGCUCCACUUUGUUUAUGCAUUUUUUGGGGGGUAAAGUAUGGU